GUGGCCAGAUGUCACAACUGCAUAAUGAGAUAUACUAGAAAAAUGGAAAAUAAUAACACAACACAGUACACAUAAAUAAACAAAAACAAUAGUGAGAAAUGUAAAUAAACGAGAUCAGACCAUAUUAAAAUUGUAUAAAUAACUACUGGCCAAAAGCGACUUAAGCGACCGGUUAGUGAAGGCAAAACCGAACAUCGAAAACGAAACGCGACGAAUCGAAACAAAGAAAGAUAACAGAAAAACAAUUGUGUGCUGUGCACAAAAAGGAGGCGACGCCUGCGUUGCAGUUGCAACAUGGACGACUACGACAUCGAUAUCGAUUUGAACUUUGUGCAGCUGAGUAGCCGGCAGCAGCUGCUGCAACGCUACACGAACGCAAUGCAUCAACUGCGUCGCUUGGCCGAAAUGAAUUACGGGGUGCGUCCGUUGAGUUUCGACAACUAUGUGAUCUUUCAGUAUUUCCAGCAGCGCAGUCAGGUAACAACGACUCGGACGAGGGGGCGCAACACGCCCACAACGCCACCGCUGAUGGCCUACCUCAAGCUGGAGGUGCUGCAUCAUUUGCUCGACCGGCGACGCAAGAUCCUCUGUUGGCUCUUCUAUCUGACACUGAUGUCGUUGUGCGUCGUCGCUUAUCGUUAUGAGAGUGCCACUGGUGUAAACAAUGGACGCAUGAUGCAAUCCCUUGUGUAUCCCGGCAUGCGAAUGUGGCGUCGAAUGACCAUGCCACUUAUCCAACGGUUUCCCCGUCUCACCGAACUGUAUGACGAGUCCUGCCUCAUGGGCAAUCCGUUCUUUCAGCUGGAGGAUCUCAAUUGUGGCCCCUGCGCUAAUGUCGAAAGCGUGUGGCUCGAAAGUGAUGAGUGCGCUCAACUCUAUGUCCACGUGGAGGCGGGCAAUGCCACAUUGACGAGCGGCCUCGGCUACAAGCAGCUGGCACAGCAGCUGCAGCUUUGUCGCAAGCCCGCGGAACACAUGCCAUACACGUUUCGCAGCAAUCAGCAUGGCUUUGACCUGCUGGAGUUUCAACGCAUCUAUGCUAACAAUUUGCAGAUCUUUCAGCGCGAUGCGUAUCGUGUGCAUUCCACCAGCCAGGGCGUUCACAAUCUGGAGGAUUUGUUCGGUCAGUUCAACAGCAGCGGCAGCAGUAGUCAGGAUCAGGAUGCCACGCAUAAUCUAUGGCGCUGCAAUCGCAUGCUGCCUGCUCGCCUGCUGCGUCCGAUCUUUGCCAGGCCGCUGCGUUUGCCCAGCAUGGGCGUUGCCCUCGAACGCUUUGUGGCCAUCGAUACGUCGCAUGCACCGGCAUAUACGCUGCCCGAGACCGCGUGCCAUAAUGUGUAUGUACAGCAGGCGCUAGGCACACGUUUCAUCAUACUACGGCCGACUAGCGAGUGUCGUCAACGCUGUCGCACGCUGUCCAUACGCCUCACGCAGUCCUUUGUGCUCAAUUACAAUAGGUUGUAUUGGAAGCCAAUCUCAGCACCUGAUCCCAUCGCGGAGUCCAUGUCCAUCAGCCUGAUUGGUUCCUAUUGCUAAGCUGCCCGCAAGAAAUACUAUAUUUGAGCCGCGCGCUACGAAUUUCUUUUGGCUCAACAACACUCAACAUUGAAUGUAACAUAAAUGUGUGUUAUUUGUUUGUAUCACAAAAAGUCGACCAUUCAAAAUGGUUUAAUAAGCACCGCUCUAAAUAAUUAGCCCAUAAUGUCCUUAAUUUGUCCUUAUAUAGUUGAUAAGUUUAUUUUCGUAGUCAAGCGCCAGUCAGCCAAUCGUUAUCCUUAUGAAUUUCAAUAACCUUUACGACAAUGAUUUCUAUAUGUUCUAUAAAAAUUGAAAUCAUCGAACAUUAUUUUUAGUUUUUCUUGCAUUUAUUUUUUGGAUCUAAGUUCGGCUGAUUUUCGUAUUCAAAUUGUUGUAAAUAGGUAUUUGACGUUUACGAUGUUUCUUUUUUUAAUCUAUGAAUCUAACCAUUUACAUAUGCCAAAUUAUGCAUUAAUAAAUUCUGCAGCUACAUUU